GUGACCACUCCCCAGAGUGCUGCAGACUCCACCCACCCCAGCCUGGCUUGAAGUGGAGGUAAGUUUCCGGAAUUAUGGCGAAGUCGGGGCUGGGACCAGAGGCUGGGAGUGCAGCUGCAGUCACUGUGAUAAAGCGGGCGUUGGAACUAGAGUCCGAGUCACGGUAUCCACAAGCUCUGGUGUGUUACCAGGAGGGGAUUGACCUGCUCCUGCAGGUUCUGAAAGGCACCAAAGACGAAACAAAGAGAUGUACUCUCAGAAAAAGAAUUUCUGAGUAUAUGGAUAGAGCAGAAAACAUAAAGAAACACUUGGAUCAAGAAAAAGAAGCUGGAAAGUAUCACAAGCAAAUUAAAAUAGAAGAAAAUGCCACAGGUUUCAGUUACGAGUCACUUUUUCAAGAAUACCUGAGUGAAACAGUUACAGAAGUUUGGAUAGAAGACCCUUAUAUUAGACAUACUCAUCAGCUGUAUAACUUUCUUCGCUUUUGUGAGAUGCUUGUUAAGAGACCAUGUAAAGUGAAAACGAUUCAUCUUCUCACCUCUUCCGAGGAAGGCAUUGGGAAAGAGCAGCAAAGUAGUGGCCUGCAAGAAAUAAAAGAGUCACUCAGGAAUCAUGGAGUGCUGUUGGAUUUAGAAUAUUCUUCUUCAAUACAUGACCGAGAAAUUAGAUUCAACAAUGGAUGGAUGAUUAAAAUCGGAAGGGGACUUGAUUAUUUUAAGAAACCGCAGGGUCGUUUUUCCCUUGGAUAUUGUGAUUUUGAUUUAAGACCAUGUCAUGAAACAACUGUGGACAUAUUUCAUAACAAGCACACAAAAAAAAUAUGAUAGGUGGUAGCCUAAUUUAUAUUAUAUAUUUCUACUUUAAAUUAAUGCUGGAUUUUUAAUUUUUUUUACUUUGGACAGAUCAUUCCUAUAAAUGUAUGAAUUUAACAAUAAACUUUUACAUUUCUACUAA